AUGGCGACCAAGAACGAGACAAUUUUCUAUGAAGUUAUUCUACUGGGAUUUUCCAAUGAUCCAGUGGUAAACGCUGCGCUAUUUGUGUUAUUUGUUAUCAUCUACAUAGUAACUGUUGCUGGAAAUGGCCUUAUAUUGUUCAUGAUCUUCAUUAAUCCACAGUUACAUACUCCAAUGUAUUUCUUUCUCUGCAUGUUGUCCAUUCUGGACAUGUGCUACUCAACAACUGCCGUACCCAAGUUGUUAGCAGACCUCUUUUCUUCUCAUAGGACAAUCUCAUCUGCUGGUUGCAGCAUUCAGAUCUACGUCAUUCUACUUGUGGAGGGAUCUGAGUGUCUUCUCCUUGCCCUCAUGGCUUAUGACCGAUAUGUUGCUAUAUGCCAACCGCUCUAUUACUUUGUUCUCAUGCGUUGGAGCGUUUGUUAUAAGCUGGUGACACUAAUAUUUAUUGGUAGCUUUAUGAUGUGUGCUUUUCCAUCAUUUUUCAUGCAGGUAACCUUUUGUGACAACCAGGUCAACCACUUCAUGUGUGAGAUGCUGGCUAUACUAAAGUUGGCAUGUACCGAUAUUUCAUCCAAUGAGCUUGUGAUAUUUUCCAUCAGCUUUCUUUCACUUCUCCUCCCCCUUGUGAUUAUUCUGGUGUCAUAUGGUUGUAUUAUAUCCUCAGUAUUAAAUAUCCACAAUGCAGGUAGGUCUAAGGCGUUCUCCACCUGCACGUCCCAUCUAGCUGUGGUGGCUCUCUAUUUUGGGACAGUGAUGCUUAUGUACUUUGGGCCAUCAUCUCAGUACUCCACAAAUCAGGAGAAGUAUAGCUCCAUAUUUUAUGUUAUUUUAUCUCCAAUGCUGAAUCCUCUGAUCUACAGUCUGAAUAACAGGGAAGUUAAAGAUACAUUUAGGAAACAUUGUCAAAAUGUAAUGAUUUUCUCAAAAGUUCAAAUAUUUUAA